AAUUUUAGCGUUCGUGUCUUGGUAACACUGCUACACAAAAAAGAAAUUGGCGGCGGAAAUUUUAUAUUUUUGCCGUUGAAAAGCAGGAAAAAUACGUCAAAAUCGGUUACAGAUGAGUGCCGCUCCACCCAUGAAUAUACCUGGACCCACCGCCAACUGUGAAUAACAGAAAACAACGCUGUUUUUUCUGGAUAACAAAGCCGAGAGACUGAUAAACCUACGAUGUCAUCGACGUCGGCGGCUGCCUCGAACUCAGCGCCCGCGAAGACGGAGGUGCGCUACGUGACCGAGGUCCCCAGCAGCCUUAAGCAACUGGCACGCCUCGUGGUCCGUGGAUUCUACUCCCUGGAGGACGCCCUCAUCAUCGACAUGCUGGUGCGGAAUCCGUGCAUGAAGGAGGACGACAUUGGCGAACUGCUGCGUUUCGAGAAGAAGCAACUGCGAGCCAGGAUAACCACGCUACGCACCGACAAAUUCAUCCAGAUCCGGUUAAAAAUGGAAACGGGGCCUGAUGGGAAGGCCCAGAAGGUCAACUACUACUUUAUAAACUACAAGACCUUUGUGAACGUGGUCAAGUACAAACUUGAUCUGAUGCGGAAACGCAUGGAAACGGAGGAGCGGGAUGCCACCAGUCGGGCCAGUUUCAAGUGCUCCACGUGCUCCAAGACAUUCACGGACCUCGAGGCCGACCAAUUAUUUGACAUGGCCACGCUGGAGUUCCGCUGCACCUUCUGUGGCAGCUCAGUGGAGGAGGACAGUGCUGCGAUGCCGAAGAAAGACUCUCGCCUGUUGCUGGCCCACUUCAACGAGCAACUGCAGCCACUGUACGAUCUACUCAGGGAAGUGGAGGGCAUUAAGCUAGCGCCAGAAGUGCUUGAACCGGAGCCCGUGGACAUCGAUACCAUUCGAGGACUGAACAAGCCGAACGCCAUGCGACCGGAUGGCAUGGCUUGGUCAGGCGAGGCGACGAGAAACCAGGGCUUCGCCGUGGAGGAAACCCGCGUGGACGUCACCAUUGGCGGCGACGACACCUCGGAUGCCGUGGUCGAGCGCAAAUCGCGACCGAUUUGGAUGACCGAGAGCACUGUGAUAACCGACACGGAUGCCGACGAUGGCGCAGCCGAUGCGGUGCAGACGGCCAGCGGAUCCGGCCAUCGGAACCGGAAGGAGAACGAAGACAUCAUGUCUGUGCUGCUCCAGCACGAGAAGCAGCCUGGCCAAAAGGAGCCGCACAUGAAGGGCAUGCGCAUGGGCUCCUCGAACGCCAACUCCAGCGAUUCCAGCGACGAUGAGAAAGACAUCGACAAUGCCAAGAUUCCCGAUGUUGACUUCGACAAUUAUAUCAACUCGGACUCCGCGGAGGAGGAGGACGAUGUGCCCACUGUACUGGUAGCAGGACGACCACAUCCGCUCGACCAACUGGACGACAACCUGAUAGCGCAGAUGACGCCGCAGGAAAAGGAGAACUAUAUACACGUAUACCAGCAGCACUAUAGUCACAUCUACGAAUGAGGACCCCUGCAAUUAGCCACGUUUUCCCUUAAUUCCCCAUCUCACGCAUAGGUCAUUGUAAUUAUAAGUUAGCCACUAGUUCGAGAGAAACUGUACAAAUGAAGUGCGUAUAUAAAUGUGCAUAAAGAAAUUUAA